CCAGGUAUACCAACGAUAUAACACAGUGAACAACCUCUCUCGCCCUCUCCAUCUCAGCCUGAUCCACCCGCUCACAGAACGGAACUCACAUUCACACCACACACAGCUCUCCCACGCCAUCCCGUCAAGCCCCUGGAUUAGACGAACAAGUUCUUCACAUGUUGUCAGUUUCCUGACCGCUCCUGCUGUCCGCCCCCGAGUGGCUGCCCACCGCCAUCUGGCAACUGACCUCAUCAGGACGACAUUCUGUCACAUCUCUGAACGUCCUGUCACGCCAGUCUUCUCCAAAAACUCCUGAAAUUGUACGACCCACGCUCAGAGAAUGAUCUCGACGUGUAGGAGUUUUUCUCGUCUGUCUGUUGGUAGAGCAGUUCAGGAAACAUUUCUCGCCACGUCAAGAACAUGAGUCGUAUUUCCGUCCAGAUGUCCGAAAGGACAAGAAGUAGGCAACGGUGUUUUUGUGAAACUUUUGUACACACGAAGUAACAUAUUAUGUGUGAAGGGACAAUGUGCUGUUAUCGGAUUGUUAUUGAAGGCUGCUUACUAAAUGUUAACGUUUUACAAAGAGAUGAAACUUGAGAUUUUUCGAACUCACAAAAAGAUAUGUUGUAAAUACGGGUUUGUAGAGUGAUGCUAUUCGAAACAAACAAAAAUUAAUGUAACAAAAUGUGUUUCUAGAGUGAUUACUUUUUAAAGAAUCAAGUAAACAUAAGAAUGUUCUCUUUGGGGAACUUGUUUUACCUCCCCUUGACGUGAACCACCCACCGCUCGAUUCCAUGACAGCCGCCUGUACACGCCUCGUUGUCCUAAUGGCGCGAGUGACGACAGCAUUAUCUGUGAUGACGUCAGGACUUCCUGCGAUGACGUACACAUCAGGGAGCGCAGACGGGCUUCACCGUGGAGGUAGUCCCAGCUUCAGCCCCGCAAUCACUGACAAAACUAACAACAACAAUAACAACAACAACAACUACAAUAACAACAAUAACAUCAAUAACAGCAACAACAGUAUCAGCAUCAGCGGUGAGAAGGUAGUUGGCUUGUCUCGGCUGAACAAUUACGUCCUCACCAGCAACAACAACUACAACAACAACAACAGUAGCAGUAACAACCUCGAUAAUAGCGCCAUUAAAGGCAACACAGAGCUUCACAACAACAACAACAACAACAACAACAACAACAAUAAUAAUAAUAACAACAACCUUUACAAUCCUAACAACAGCAUCGUGUUCGUCGGAGGACCCCGAAAUGCCAACAUGACAACUCCUAUGACGUCAGCGGAUGUAUCCGAGGAGCGGCCCUUGCAGUGGGGCAUGCUGGGUCUCACACUGAUCAUAUUGUGUACGGCAGUGGGGAAUUUGCUGGUCUGUUUGGCUGUGUGCUGGGAGAAACGUCUUCAGAAUAUGACCAACUAUUUCCUCAUGUCUCUGGCUAUCGCGGAUUUCUUAGUCUCCUUGCUGGUGAUGCCCCUCGGCAUGGUGGUCGAGAUGUUUGGUGUCCACCAAAACUCAAUAUUGACCCUAGAGAAGCGAGACAGAUUCGUAGACGUCCUGAACUUGUGGCAAAGAGACGGAAUAUUUGUCUGUGCGGCUCCGAUUACAGCAUCGUGAGCAUUGAUUCCUGAUGGCGGGAUCCUACAGCUACAUACAGCCGUCACUUUUGCUCGCUCUACGUCACGUGUUCUUGUAAUGCUGCGUCUUCUCUAAA